AUGAAGACACUACUCAGGGCGAGGAACCCUGGUUUCAAGCGUUGCUCGCUUUUAGCAGUCAUUGCGAUAUGCUUUCUGUUCAUCUUCAUGCGUGCAGAUUCCGCUUCUCAAAGGCGGUCGACGAGAUAUGAAGAAGAUCUAUUGUUCUCGUCGGGAAACUCUACAUAUGCUUAUUUUCAGCGCAAAGUCAAGGAAUUGCAUGACAAUAAACCAUUCUUCUCCUUGGAGAACAUGCUACCCUCAUGGAUGCUGUCAACUCACACUGCUAGAGAGAAAAGAGUCCUUUUAAACUGGGAUAAGAGUUCCGGCUUUGACCAAUGUGCUAUGCUAAUUAAAGGCCUUUACAACGACCCUAAUUGGGAUAAUAUGGCCAUCACUAUAGAUCAUGAUAACGCUACAAUCAACGAUGAGGUGUUCCAGAUGUCUGCUGAACGUGUAAGGCUGUACAACCACUGCUUCUUGCAGAAUAGUUAUGAUAUAAAUGAAAUGUUUGAGAAGUAUCGCAUGUAUUACACUUCACCUCAUGAUUACCAAAGGAGAAUGUUUCCAUUUUUGAGAAAAGUAACAGCCAUGGACGGUUACUAUAUAUAUCCUACCAUAACAAACCUACGUACAGGAGAAGUACAGACUGGUCCUAUAGCAGAUAUGAGCUACCAGGAAUUCAACUCUAAUUUUAUCGCUCACUGGAAGAAUGAAGCGAAAGGCAGAGGCAUCGUGGUCACUGCUAGUGUUAAUGAUUGCAGAUUCUUGCGUUCUCAGUUUUUUGUAUGGAAAGAGCUAGGUAACACAUAUCCAAUUCAAGUGGUCACUAAGGGUAAAGAAAUGCCACCAGAACUGAUAGCUAAAAUCAAAGAAUAUGCAACUGAGGCAGACCAAGAGGUUUACAUAGUAGACUUGCAAAAUGUGUUAGAUCCAAAUUAUGCUGAAAAAUAUAUCGAAAAUUUCCAUAACAAAUGGUACGCAGCAAUGUUUAAUACCUUUGAAGAAGCAAUCCUUGUCGACGCUGAUGUUGUGUCUUAUGUUCACCCAGAUGAGUAUUUUGAAUCGGCUGAUUUCAAGAAAACAGGUCUUAAACUAUGGAGAGACAGAGAUAUCCCAGAUAUCCACGUGCAUAUAUACUGCCUAAACAUGGCACCAUAUUUCUUACCAUCUAAAGAAGAACAUAGAACUCUCGGUACUACUCUAAAGUAUAGACUUGAGGAGGAAUCAUUAAAGGAUGCAGGCACAUCUGAAGCUGACGGCUUACAUAAAUUCUUUUUCGAGAAGUCAGGCUCUAUUGUUGAUAGUGGUCUUGUUGUAUUCAACAAGAAGAAGAAAUUACAUUCCCUAAUUAUUUCAGAGUUUUUUCAUACCGAUGCCAAGUUCAAACCAUGCACAUAUGGUGAUAAGGAAAUUUUCAUGCUUGGAGCUUACAGUGCUGGUGUAGACUAUUCAUUGGACCCUGAGGCUGCUGUGAUCAUAGGCCCAAUCAGAGAGUCAACAAAUAAGAAGUUUAACUCCAUUUGCUCAGCUCAAAUGGGCCAUACCAAUGGCCGUGGCAAACUGCUGUGGUCCAAUGGUGGGUUACAAGUGUGUAAGAACCCAAACUUUGCCAAGGAUGACUUUGAGAAAGAUGUUAAAUUCAUGAGUAAUAAUUAUGGUACACUUGAAGACACAGAGAAGUACUACAAGUCUAACCUAUCUAUUGAUGGGUUCAUAUCGCCCAAUGUACCAAACCUCAAAUUCCAACAGCAACCUGCCUGUCACCACUAUAUGUACUGCGUACAUAUGCCUGUCGAUGGCGAAGAUAUGGGAGAGUUGGUUCGUUUCGAUCAAGAACAGAGAGAAAGAGUUAACAAAAUUUCGAACGUAUGGAACUCUGUCAAGAUCAAUCUAUAA